AUGCUUAAUCAGAACGGAGCUAAUCAAACUACUGCUGAUUACUCCUUUGUCUUUGAAGGAUCCAGAAAUUUCGGAUCACGCGAUGGAACAAUUGAGCGACGAAUUGUCUUGGCAAUGCUCGAUAGAGAUAAUGGAUCAUCAAAGUCAUCGGACAGCAUCGUACAUACAGCAUUGGAAACGUGUCCAGCCGGAGCAAUCGAAUGGGAGACACCGCGAUAG